CUGUUCAAUAUGUACUAUCUAUGGACUAUGCACCAAAUAUAAAUAUAUAAACUGUUGAUAGCAUACGUUAGCGGUUACUUAUGUUUACGCUGUUUUAAAGUUAAUUGUGUGGAGUUUUAAGUAGUUGCAAAAAUGGAGCCACUUUACACAGCUUUAAAUGCAGUGAAAAUGUUACGGUCCAGUGUUGGUCAAGUUUUUGACUCCCUUGGAAAUGGGUUGCGGUUUGAUCACGGAGAAGAAGGAAAGGAUUCAAAAUUCCUCAUAGAACUUCAGGAACUCCUUACUACUGUUAGCCUGAAUUUAAGGGAAGUGGAACAAGCUGUGGGCAGCCUGACGCCCCCGCCGGGCCCGUUCAACCUGGGCAACACCACCUACCUCUCGCAGGAGAGCACGCAGGAGCGCCAGGCGCUGUACUCCCAGCUCGUUCACAGCCACAAGUGGAUGGACAAGGUUCAUGAGUACAGCAACCUUGCACAUGCCUUGCUGGCCAAGAAUACGUUGCGGAGGUCAAACAUCAACUCCAGCAGCGCCAAGAGGAGACGUACUAUUACGAGCAGCCACAACGUCUCCCCACAGAUAGUGGAUGGAGUGAUAGCCAACAUCGACAGGAUGUUUCCAGACAUGAACAUGAAUAUCUCCAGGCCCUUUGCUUCAAAUGCUGUCUUGCAGAUUACACUUGGCCAGGUGUUGAAAGCGCUGAUGGCGUUCAAAGGUCUGAUGAUUGAGUGGGUGGUGGUGAAGGCGUUCACGGAGACGCUGGACCUGUGGACGGAGUCGAGGCACAAGGUGUUCAGGAAGGUGACGGAGAACGCCCACGCGGCCAUGCUGCACUACUACUCUCCGACGGUGCCUGACCUCGCGGUGCGGUCCUUCAUGACAUGGUUCCACAGCUACAGCACGCUGUUCAGCGACCCCUGCAAGCGCUGCGGCAACCACCUGCACAACUCGCUCCCCCCCACGUGGCGGGACUUCCGCUCCCUGGAGCCCUUCCACGAGGAGUGCAAGCCGUGAUCCCUGCCGACACUGCACUGGACGGCAUGUGUGGUCGGCUGAAGUGUUCUGCUACAGGCCACUAGACGUUUCUAAUACCUCCAUCUGGCAGUACUUCCCUUGUGGUGCUUUAACUGUGUGGGCCAAUCAUGGAUGCAGGUCGCUGCUACGAGUGAUUGAAUUUGAAAAAUGGUUAUGAAAUAAAUCAGCGAAUGUUUGUGGUUCAAUAUUUCAAACUGGGCUGCAUUUAUAACAAUGUACCGUAGAGACCAGACAUGUUCAUAAACAAUGGCUUCCUGUAAAGUCAGUUCAAAAUAAGGUCAAACCUGAGCAAAGUCAGGUCAAACUUAUCUAAGUAAGUGUAUGGCUCUUCUCUCUAUGCAGUGGUAUACGUUGCUGAGUUGCUAAAGCAAUGGUUUUUCCUAUUUUGACAAUGGUGAAAUCCGAGCCAAAGUAUAAGAAAUUUAGAUAAUUUUCAAGAUUUGUGAUGUUUAUUUUAUGCUCAUGUGUAUGUAUAUUUUCUGGCAAUGAAAUAUGAAUAUACCAUAAUAUAUAUUAAAAGUACUUUAAUAUGCA